AUGCUGGGUCUGAGGCAGGGUCCGAGGCUGGGUCUAAGGUUGGAUCCGAGGCUGGGUCUGAGGCUGGUUCUAAGGCUGGGUCUGAGGCUCGGUCUGAGGCUGGGUCUGAAGCUCGGUCUGAAGCUCGGUCUGAGGCUGGAUCUGAGGCUGGGUCUAAGGCUGGGUCUAAGGCUGGAUCUGAAGCUGGGCUUGAGGCUGGGUCUGAAGCUGGGUCUGAGGCUGAGUCUGAAGCUGGGUCUGAGGCUGGGUCUGAGGCUGGGUCUGAUGCUGGGUCUGAUGCUGGGUCUGAAGCUGGGUCCGAGGCUGGGUCUGAUGCUGUGUCUGAUGCUGAGUCUGAAGCUGGGUCCGAGGAUCGGGUCUGAUGCUGGGUCUGAUGCUGGGUCUGAUGCUGGGUCUGAAGCUGGGUCCGAGGCCGGGUCUGAAGCUGGGUCUGAUGCUGGGUCUGAUGCUGGGUCUGAAGCUGGGUCCGAGGCUGGGUCAGAGAUGUUAGAUCUGAAGCUGGGUCUGAUGCUGGGUCUGAAGCUGGGUCCGAGGCUGGGUCUGAUGCUGGGUCUGAUGCUGGGUCUGAUGCUGGGUCUGAUGCUGGGUCUGAAGCUGGGUCCAAGGCCGGGUUUGAAGCUGGGUCUGAUGCUGGGUCUGAUGCUGGGUCUGACGUUGGAUCCGAGGCUGGGUCUGAAGCUGGGUCCGAGGCCGGGUCUGAAGCUGGGUCUGAUGCUGGGUCUGAAGUUGGGUCCGAGGCUGGGUCUGAAGCUGGGUCCGAGGCCGGGUCUGAAGCUGGGUCUGAAGUUGGGUCCGAGGCUGGGUCACUUGUAUUAA